AAAAAUUCGAGUGCCCUCGUUAAACUCUUAGAAACAUAUUUCGCAAGUUCGAAUUUGGUGAAAUCAAUGCGUAGAAAGUGAAUCGAGGCUUACGCAAAGUUGGGGGAAAAGUGAAAAGCUGCGGAAAACUUGACUGACCAAAAAAUAUAUUUGGACACACCUGCAUUUGGCUGCCUGAGAUUGCGUGCUUCACCCCGAAUUACCUGGCCAGGAGCUGGAGCGAGAGCCACAGCUACACACCUGGACGAGCGGGGCCCACCUGCCGGCUUAGAUGCGUCUAAUCCAAACGGCAACCGGCGGUGCUGCUGCGACCGUUCUGCAGACCCAGUCCCAGUCGCAGUACAACUACACCAGCAUGCGUGAAGAUGAUAUCGAGCUGGCCAUUAAAGUGGUCAUUGUAGGAAACGGAGGCGUUGGCAAAUCCUCGAUGAUUCAGCGCUACUGCAAGGGCAUUUUUACCAAGGACUACAAAAAGACAAUUGGUGUGGAUUUUCUAGAGCGCCAGAUUGAGAUCGACGGCGAGGAUGUGCGCAUUAUGCUGUGGGACACAGCCGGCCAGGAGGAAUUCGACUGCAUCACAAAGGCCUACUACCGGGGCGCCCAGGCCUCCGUGCUGGUCUUCUCGACGACGGAUCGGGCCUCGUUCGACGCGAUUAAGGAUUGGAAGCGCAAGGUGGAGAACGAAUGCAACGAGAUACCCACGGUGAUUGUGCAGAACAAGAUUGAUCUGAUCGAACAGGCGGUGGUCACCGCCGACGAGGUGGAGACGCUGGCCAAGCUGCUCAACUGCCGGCUUAUUCGCACCUCCGUCAAGGAGGACAUCAACGUGGCGUCCGUAUUCCGCUACCUGGCCACCAAGUGCCAUCAGCUGAUGACCCAGAGCUACGAACAGGCCGCCGGAAACCCGCAGAACUCCAGCCACCCGCCCUACAGCAGCACGCCCACGAUCAGCGCCUUUAGUCCGACCUUCACCAAGUCCAGCAGCGGCACCAUCGUCCUCCGUCCGGCGAAGAAGGGUCAUGGCUCCAGCGUUGCCCGGAAGCGCAAAAUAGUGCUCAAGAAGUGCGGAAUAUUGUGAGGAGUAGUCGGACUAACUGGAUGGAUGGCAGGGGCGACUUGGCUGGCAAUUAAUAACUGGAGCAUACUUAACGCUUAAUUAUUUUGGAGUCUAAUGAAGUCGUAGAUGGGUGGCCAGCCAACCGUUGGAUGCAACCACAGCCAUUCACUAGUCGUGCACAGACUCCGCGUGAUGUGGUUCAGACAUGCUUACGGAGCAGCAGAGGUAAUCGGAGGCAGCAAAGUGGAUCUUCGAAGCUAACCACGAAGAGGAGAUACCCUUGCAGACUUUCAGAUGAACUAUAUAUACUCACUAAACUAGACAACUAUAAAUGUGAUUAAUUAUUAAACUUUGCCCUCAAAAAGUUUUCAAAACAAUCUUGUCGGGCCGGUUCCGAAAUUUACUAACUAUUAUCGUUUCCAAUGUUUUAAUUUUGGCAAUAUUUAAAUGUUACAACUUUAUGUGUUUAUUUUAAUCACUUUGAAUUUGAUGUUCAUACACGAAAACGUCCGUUUAAUGGAGUAUAAUAUAUAAUGGAGACUAGAACAUUAUAAAAAUGUACUGUUCGAACUCACUAACAAUACAUGUAAUUACUAUCAGGAUAGAUAAUUGACUCCAAAUACUUUUAUAACGUUGAUUUGAAUUGUUUUCAUAUGAAUCAAAAUACUCCCUCAUACAUAUUUUAAACUAUAUCCUUCAAGAACAAAUUUAGUUCUCCAACCACUUCAAAGAUCAGUCACAAGUCUAUAAACCAAAAUAAUAACCCCCGAUCUGCAAGGGUAAAACGAGUUCUCAAAGCCACAUACAAAAUGCACAAACACUGGCAGUUUUUUCAAAAAUUGCCCCAAUUAGUUAUAGAUAUGAAAUCAAAUUUUUAUGUAUUAUGCCCACUUUUCUAUAACGGAGACUGAAGCAGCUUUGCUUUUAUAUCGGAUAUGUAUAUAGAUAUGUUAGCAUGAGUAUAAGCUUGCCCAACCAAGCACAAUUAAAAGGCUAUUUAUCACGCUAGCACAGCCCAGAUAUCCAUGUGAAAUCCCUUCGCCAAUUUGCUUUGGCCAAAUGUGCAAUUAAUUAUUCAUCUUAUACAAUUAUUAACUAAUUGCAAGUCAUGUCAAAGCGCAAUUUGACUCGAUCCAAUGUAGACCAAUGUUCACAUUCUAUGCAAAAAUCUGUAGCUAGAGCACAUGGAAUAUUAUACAUUUUUGUAAGCGGAAUAUUAGAGUAUGAAUUAAUAAUCCUAAGCUUAUUAAUAUUGUAUUUUUAAUUGUAACGACUCAUUAAAAUAUUCACCUAAUAAAUUAUUUAAUGUAAAUUAACUAAAAUGUUUUCAUUUAGUA